AUCAGUCAUUUUAUUGCGUCGUCGCACGCAAGUGACGUAACUGGCAGGGCACGUUUGUAGCACAUGAAUUCACAAACAUUGCUCCUCAUAUGAAAAAGGUAACAUGGCGAAGAAUAAACAGAAAGGAAAAAAACAGAAGAGUGUCUUCCAAGUAGCAAACAAGCACCUGAAGAUGAAGAACAAAGCAAAACCUGUCACAACAUCUCUAAAAAAUAUCAAUGCAAUGAAAAAUGAGAAGGUGGAAAACCUAAACCAGAUAUUUACAGAGGUGCAGAGGGAUGUGAAGAGCAUUUCCAAAGGUGUUGCUCCGCAAACAAAGAAACAAACACAGGGUCCGAAAGAGCCACCAAAGGAACCAGUAAAUGUUGACAACGCUGCUCAGCUUUUCUCUCAGCUUUAAUGCAUCAGUCCUGAUGACUGAUUCAGUUUUUCUGAUGGACUUUGUCAAAAGAGGAAUGCAGAUUUUCCUCCAGCCCCAGCAUGUUGUUUAAUCCUUUGUUGCAACUGAAGAAGUUUGUAUAUUAGCAGCAAAAACGAGACUGUCAACAAUGAAACUCCUGUUUUUGUUUUUGACUAAUUUUUCUAGGUUUGCACAGAUUAAUAUAAAAAAACAAAAAAAAAGGAAAUAAAAAAAAACAAGUGAUUUCUUUGAAUGAAACACCACUUCAUAUUUUUGGAUAUUUGUCCUUGUGAAACUGCAGUAACUGCUUUUGUUGAACCAGAACACGAA